GGGGGGGGGGGGGGGGGGGGGGGGGGGGGGGGGGGGGGGGGGGGGGGGGAAGUUGGAGGGAAGCUGAACAUGUCGACGGCGUCGACUAUCAAAAUGGAUAUGCCAUCGUCCUACUCCGAGAUUCCCGAACUUUCGGUGAGAGUUCAUCAAGGGAGAAAGAGAUUGGACUUUGCUUGGGGCACAGGAAGUUACCUGUAUCUGGCCGACAUCCACAGAGCGCCUAUCAGCCAGUCACCUGGGACUGCUGACGUGGCAGUGGGAAGCGGAGAUCUCAGCCAAGCAUCGGGAUCGGCUUCAGGAGCAGCAGGAGGAGAAGGAGGAGGAGGAGGAGGAAAAGGAGGAGGUGUUUACAAGCUGACGUGGACACCUCUCGAUGCUCGAGAUCGGAGGCUUGCUUAUGAAACAUUUCCCCACUACAGCAAUUUGCAGUACAAGAAAAGAGAGACUGCAGUGGAGGGAACCGACGAAGAUGUACCCAUAGAAUGGUGGGAGUCUGUCCUCCAGUAUAGUAGGAAUAUUUGUGCUGUUCUGGAGUCGCAGAGCAAGGAGAAUGAGGGAGCAGUUGCGUUCCGGAUGGACGAAGGUGGAAAAAGCCAGAGAUUGGUGGGCGACCUGCUCAGAAAAGCUGUCUGGGAGUUAGUGGAGGUAUUCUAUGUAACCAAGAGUUCAAACUCGAUGGUGGGAGAAAGGUUGGCAGAAUGGCUUAAGAACAGUAUCGACAUACUUGUACCAGGUGAGGUGUCAGCGCAGGCGAAGUUGGAAGCCAUCCAGACCUCUUUAAAGGAAGAGUGGCAGAGAUUACCGGAAGACAAUCCAGAGUACUGGACAUCUAUUGCAUCUGCAGUUGCGGUUGGCUGGCUGCCUGAGGCGCUUUGUGGCCCAUCUUCUCCUUGCGGGCCCUCAAGCGGCGGGAACGUGGUGUGGGGACUUCAUGCACCGGAGCCUUCCUCUUAAAGAUGAAGAUCUGCAGCAGUUUGUCAUGUUCACAAUGGAACUCUCUCUCUCUCACACACACACAUUUGGAAUCCCCUUCACUAAUCUCAUC